AAUGAAGUCUGUGUCUCUUUCGAAUAACACAGUCAAGCGUAGAAUCGAUGACAUUGCAUCAGACAUAAAUCAAAUCAUCGCCAUUUUUUGCCAUUAGUUGCGAUGAAUCCACCGACAUCGUUAAUUGUGGACAGUUAAUUGUUUAUGUCGGCGGAGAUAUUAUUCAAAAAGAGAUUUUGUACUCCCAAUCUUUGACAGCAGGUAC